UUACAGCUUGAGCUCGAUCCCAUAAUGUGUGAACUCGCAGUCGAAGCCCAUGUCCUCGAGAAUGUCCGCCACGCGGCGGCCGAGCAGGUCGCCUCCGACCUGUCUAAGCUGCUGUUUCAGCCAAUUGUCGUGUUGCACCCAAUUGGUCCAGCACCCGAUGUCCAGCACCAACUUGCAGGCCAGGCUCUUUGCCAUGUACUCCAACAU